AUGGCCUGCACACGCACCUUUGCUCGUCUGGCUACGAGGCAGACAGCCUUCCGCCCAGCUGUCUUCUCGCGCGGUUUUGCCUCCGUCGCUGAAACGACCUCAACGAAGCAGGAGCCCGCGCCCAGCCAGGAUGCGAAGACGAAGACCUUCCACAUCUACCGAUGGAACCCUGACGAGCCGUCGUCGAAGCCCAAGAUGCAAUCGUAUACCCUCGACCUGAACAAGACUGGACCCAUGAUGCUGGAUGCGCUUAUUCGCAUUAAGAACGAGGUCGACCCUACCCUUACCUUCCGGAGAAGCUGUCGUGAGGGUAUCUGCGGUAGCUGCGCGAUGAACAUUGACGGUGUCAACACCCUGGCUUGCUUGUGCCGCAUCCCCACAGACACCGCGAAGGAGUCUCGCAUCUACCCGCUUCCCCACAUGUACGUUGUCAAGGACCUGGUUCCUGACAUGACACUCUUCUACAAGCAAUACCGUUCCGUCAAGCCCUACCUCCAGCGUACUACCCCUUCGCCCGACGGUCGUGAAUACCGCCAGACCAAAGAGGACCGCAAGAAGCUCGACGGUCUCUACGAAUGCAUUCUUUGCGCCUGCUGCUCGACAUCUUGCCCGUCUUACUGGUGGAACCAGGAGGAGUACCUCGGACCCGCCGUUCUCCUCCAGUCUUACCGCUGGAUCGCCGACUCGCGUGACGAGAAGAAGGCUGAGCGCCAGGACGCCCUCAACAACAGCAUGAGUCUGUACCGAUGCCACACCAUUCUCAACUGCUCGAGGACGUGCCCCAAGGGUCUCAACCCUGCGCUGGCAAUCGCUGAGAUCAAGAAGAGCAUGGCUUUCACUUAA